GGGGAGGAAGUUGAGUUGGGCGAGGGGAGGGGAGCCGCCGCUGUUGGCGGCGCAGCGAGCUCCUCCUUCUCCCCAGCUCUGAGCUGCAGCCGGGCAGGAGAGCGGAGCGGGCAGGGGCCAGCUGCCACCCCCCACCCAGCCCCUGAAAGGGACCCCGAGGGGAGAAAGGGAAGCGGGAGCAGCCGCCGCACCUCGCCAAAGGGGGGAACAUUGUAUCUCCGCGGCGCGUCUGCUUCUUUGUCUGCUUCCCACCGCCCCCUGCCAGGGAGAGUUGCCGGAUUGUAGCCCCCCCCCCCCGGAGCAGGGGGGGCCGCUUUUGUGGCUGGGACAGCGCUGCCCGCGGACCCCCGCCGCCCCUCCUCAGGGGGGAGGCGAGAGAGGGGACCCCCCUGCGCCCCCAGCCAGCUCGGAGGGAAAGGGGCGAUCGAGAAUGCGCUGCGCUUCGGGGCUUUCUCCGGAGAGAGGAGGCGGACGAGCGAGAGCAGCGAGGAGGGGCUGAUUAUUGUAUUCUUAUUUUGUGCCUUGCCCAGCGCCGGGACGCCGCAGAGGAGAGCCCCAGGGCUGUGUGCCUCCUCGCCCCGGGUGGCGGGUCUUUGUUUGUUUGCCACGUGAACCCACUUCUGGCCGGCCGGAGCCCCAGACAAAGCUCCAUUGAGAAGAGGGCAGGGGAAGUCCAGCAACUCCAAGGGGAGGUUGGAGAGAGACAAGCGACCCUCCCCCGCGAGCAGGAGCCACCUGAGAGGAGGGGGCAGGCGGGGGUGGGGUUUAGCCCCCCCACGCGUGUCUCUCUCCUUUCCUGGCUGGAGCUGGGCGAGGGAGCCGAACCCAGUGCGUGGGGAGAGAGAUGCUGCAAGGCGCCCCUGAGCUGGGAUCUAUGGAGCAUUUUAUAGGAAAGAAGUAAAGCUGCCAAAACCCCCGCCGGGGAGUGAGAAAAAAGGCGUCUUGGAAGUGUCGUGUCCCCCCCAACCCCCCCGCCCCGAAAUGCUUCCCGCACUGGCUGCACAUCAACAUGGAAAGGCGCAAUAGCACUUUACGGGCUUGCCAGGGGGAGCUUCUAAACUAGCCCAGGAGCCUCCAAAUCCAAGAGGAGGAGCUGCUGGUGUGUGGCCUCAAUGAACAGGAGAGGGGCCGGGAACCGGAGUUUUGGCCGCUGGCAACUCAUCUAGGGCAACUUUUUUUUGUGUGUGUGGAAGGCUCCAUUUCUCUGAACGACUAUGGAGGAGUGGAGGCAGUGUGGCCGCUGGCUGAUCGACUGUAAAGUUUUGCCCCUGAACCACAGGGUGGUCUGGCCCUCAGCUGUUGUGUUUGACCUGGCUCAGGCUUUGAGAGAUGGAGUCUUGCUCUGCCAGCUGCUUCAUAACCUGUCACCUGGAUCGAUUGAUCUCAAGGACAUCAAUUUCCGGCCACAGAUGUCACAGUUUCUCUGUUUGAAGAACAUUCGAACAUUCUUAAAAGUCUGUCAUGACAAAUUUGGGUUAAGGAACAGUGAGCUGUUUGACCCCUUUGACCUCUUCGACGUGCGGGAUUUUGGAAAGGUGAUAUCAGCUGUAUCCAGACUUUCCCACCACAGUAUCGUUCAAACCAAAGGAAUUAGACCCUUCCCUUCAGAGGAGACAACAGAGAACGAUGAUGAUGUCUAUCGGAGCUUGGAGGAACUGGCUGAUGAACAUGAUCUGGGGGAGGAUAUUUACGACUGCGUCCCUUGUGAAGAUGAAGGCGAUGAUAUCUACGAAGAUAUCAUCAAAGUGGAAGUUCAACAACCUAUGAAAAUGGGAAUGACAGAAGAUGACAAAAGAAAUUGCUGUUUGCUAGAAAUUCAGGAAACCGAGGCCAAAUAUUACAAAACACUUGAAGACAUAGAAAAGAACUAUAUGAAUCCAUUAAAGCUGGUACUGACUCAACAAGAGAUGGAAUCUAUUUUUAUCAAUUUGGAGGACCUAAUUAAAGUGCACUUCAAUUUCCUGAGGGCCAUCGAUGUCUGUAUGAUGUCUGGAGGAAGCAGCUUGGCGAAAGUUUUUCUAGAAUUCAAAGAAAGGCUAUUGAUUUAUGGCGAGUACUGCAGCCAUAUGGAAUGCGCCCAAAAUACGCUCAACGCUCUCAUUGCAAGCAAAGAGGAUGUGAGGCAAAAAGUUGAGGAAUGCACAUUAAAGGUUCAGGAUGGGAAGUUUAAAUUGCAAGAUCUGUUGGUGGUACCAAUGCAAAGGGUCUUGAAGUAUCAUCUCCUAUUAAAAGAGCUUCUCAGCCAUUCGUCUGAUCGGCCAGAAAAGCAACAACUCAAGGAAGCUUUGGAAGCCAUGCAGGACUUGGCCAUGUACAUAAAUGAAGUCAAGAGAGACAAAGAGACCUUAAAGAAAAUACGUGAAUUUCAGAAAUCUAUAGAAAACUUGCAAGGGAAACUGGAAGAAUUCGGGAGGCCAAAGAUAGACGGUGAACUGAAAGUCCGUUCCAUAGUGAACCACACCAAGCAGGACAGGUAUUUAUUUUUGUUCGAUAAAGUGGUUAUCGUCUGUAAAAGGAAAGGAUACAAUUAUGAGUUGAAAGAAAUUAUCGAGCUGCUUUUCCAUAAGAUGACCGAUGAUCCCAUGAACAACAAGGACAUUAAGAAGUGGUCAUAUGGGUUCUACCUGAUUCACCUUCAAGGAAAGCAGGGCUUCCAGUUUUUCUGCAAGACAGAAGACAUGAAGAGGAAGUGGAUGGAGCAGUUUGAAAUGGCAAUGUCCAACAUUAAGCCAGAAAAAGCCAGCGCGAAUCACCACAACUUCCAGAUGUACACGUUUGAAAAGACGACCAACUGCAAAGCGUGCAAGAUGUUUUUAAGAGGAACUUUCUAUCAGGGCUAUCUUUGCAUGAAAUGUGGAGCAGGUGCUCACAAAGAAUGCUUGGAAAUUAUUCCUCCCUGCAAGAUCAGCUCUCCAGCGGACCAGGACUCAUUAAAUACAGGACCUGGUCCUAAAAUGGUGGCCGUUCAGAAUUACCAUGGCAACCCAGCUCACCCAGGAAAGCCGGUGUUAACGUUUCAGACUGGGGACAUAAUAGAACUGCUAAAAGGGGACCCGGAUUCGCAGUGGUGGGAAGGGAGGUUAAUGCAGACAAAGAAGUCUGGUUAUUUUCCCAGUUCAUCAGUGAAGCCCUGUCCUGUGGACGCUAGGCCUCCCAGCAGCCGGCCUCCUUCGAGAGAAAUAGACUACACGGCGUACCCUUGGUUUGCAGGGAACAUGGAGAGGCAACAGACAGACAACCUGCUGAAGUCGCAUGUCAGCGGGACGUACCUGAUUCGAGAGAGACCAGCAGAGGCCGAGCGCUUUGCCAUCAGUAUUAAGUUUAACGAGGAAGUCAAGCACAUUAAGGUGGUGGAGAAAGACAACUGGAUUCACAUCACAGAAGCCAAAAAAUUUGAAAGCCUUUUGGAAUUGGUCGAAUACUACCAGACCCACUCGCUGAAGGAGAGCUUUAAACAGCUGGAUACAACGUUAAAAUAUCCAUACAAAUCCCGAGAACGUUCUACCUCCAGAACCUUCACUCGCUCCCCAGUGGUCACGCCUCCGGCCAUAGGGACGGCGGUGGCACGCUACAACUUCGCCGCACGGGACAUGCGAGAGCUCUCUUUGCGAGAGGGCGACGUGGUGAAAAUCUACAGCAGGAUAGGCGGGGACCAGGGAUGGUGGAAGGGAGAAACAAAUGGAAGAAUUGGUUGGUUUCCUUCGACCUACGUGGAGGAGGAGGGAGUGUAACGAGGACCGGAUCUCUGGCAGGCAUCACCGAGCGCCCAGUAAAAGCCACCACAGAGUGUGCACAGUGGUCCCAACGUCCAGGGCUCUGAGUGAAACACAAUCAGAAAUCCUCCAGUAUUAACAACAAGUCUAUUGUGAAUUGUUUUACAAUCAAUCCUCUGUAAAGUGUGUGCGCGCGUUAGGGGGUGCCACUGGCUCUCAGUCCUGGGUUGUGUUACUUGUGUAUAAGAGAGAGUGUCUAUAAGGUAAUACUUGUCUGUAACAGCAGCAGGAGGGUCCUGGGAAGAUCAUGUUCAACAGCCUUGCUUGAGCAGGACAACUCAGCACAGCUCUGCUCAGACAUUUCAUCCAAACCCAUUUCACGGAGGGUGUUUCAAAAGCCACCCUGGGGCUCAUGGGAGGCUGGGGCCAAUGUCUCACUCUGACUGAAAGUGGAGGGAGCGUUUCAGAUUUCUGCUGAGAAGGAGCAAGCCAGCCCCACAGUAACAGAAGAGGCGACCUCACCCCACCCUGCUCUCUCUCCCUGCUGCUUGAAUGGACUCCUCCGGAUAAUGAUUUUUCUUGUCAAGUCGGCGUGUUCGACGGCAGAGCCCAACUCUGCUGCCCUCACGAGGUGAUUUGGGGAGCAGAGCAGAGGCAUGGUGAGGAGGCCUCUCUCCAUGAGCUCUGUAAGAUACCCAUUGUAAACUAGGAAUGAGUUUUUGAAAGAGAGAGAGAGAGAGACGGGUGUGAAGUCAAACUCUGGAUACAGCCAUCCCCAGACAUCAUGAGAGAGUUCCAGUUUUGCAACGUGGGUCUGUUCUCUCGGACUAACUGGUCCCACUAGAUUCACCCAGGGCAGAAGGGACAGCCCUUUGCCAGGACGGUCCCACCUGUAUCAGGAUGUCUGGCGGUGUUCGGGGGCUGCGGAACGUGCCCUCCCUGGGAAGAGUGCUUGGAAGCCAUUGAUGUGCUGGGUGGCGCAUAUGGUAAUAGCGCUAGAUGUGCAUCAUCUGCUCCAGCGUGUGCACCAUUCACAGCACACCUGUCCUGUGCUUAACAAGAGUGCAGAAGCCCCUGCCAGACUAAUGGCCUGUUCCUGUAGCCAUUAUACACAUCUGCCUCAUCGACCUCCAAUGGGGCUUACUCACCUGAGUAAGGACCGCAGGCUGAAUCCCUCAUUAUCCAAAAAUAUGUUGUAAAAGAGUCUCUUUGCUCCAUCCACCAGCACCAUAAGGUUACGCACCAAGUCUUCCCACCUGUUCUCUCCCCCUCCCCCCCCCCCCCCCCCCGUCACCCCUGGAGCCAAUAAGGAAGAAUUCUGUGUUGCCCUCCCACUGUGUCUUUUUCAUCAUUGCACUGCUCUGAAUAACGUACUCCUGGGUCUUUUGUUUUCCAAAUUGUGUCCAUUUUACGGGAUACGCAGAAUUGUCCAGUGGAAUCAAUUUCAAGUGACCUCUGCCAGGUGCUGCCCUUUGCUCAUCAGGGUAGCAUUUCCUUUCAAAGUGCACUAUUGAAAACAAACAUGAUGCAUCCCAGGCAAGGAACAACUCCCCCUUCCCCCACUUUCAAGGCCAAGAAAUUCUCCUCCUGUUGCUUUAAAUGAGGCUUGGUCUGCGCUACAGAGUUAGGUCGACCUAAGGCAGCUUACGUCCACCUAAUUGGGUCAGUGUACACACUACAGCCUUGCUCCCGCCGAUGUAAGUGCCCUGCUAUACUAACAACAUAACUCCACCUCCAUCAGAGAGGCAUAGGGCUUAUGUCGGUGUACUUGGGGUGACACUGCGUUACUUACAUUGGCUGUUGGCUGUCAUUCUUGUCAAAUUCACGGCUCCAGCUAGGCAGCCAGGCUCCCAGUGGGGAGCUGCAUGGUGAGCCGAGAUCCUGGGCUUUCAGCCCCCCACUGUCCCUCUUAAGUCGGUGGAAGUGCUCCUGGUGAGGACGCACACCACCGACAGAAGAAGAGUAGUGUGGCCAUGAACCACUGCAGUUGUAAGUCGACCUAAGAUAUGUCAACUUAAGUUUCUAGUGUAGACGGUGCACUUUUGGGUCGUUGCUCCCAUCUCACGUUUUUCAGCAGCCCGACAGCUUUGAGCCUUUGCUACUGGGCUUUGGGCCAGAUUCUGCUCUCAUUUGCACUGAUGUAAAUCCAGAGGAACUCUAGAUUUGCACUGGCAUAAUGGACACCAACGGAAGUGAUCAUGGCUGCUCACCUUUAGAGGAGAACUGCAGCCAUACCUCUUCCGAUGGACGAAUAAAAGAAACGAUAUCUAGCCAUUCUGCAAUGCUCCAGGUAUAAUCUCUGGAAUAAUAGCAGGAUUGUUGCUGCCCGAUUGGGAUACUAAAGCCCAAAGGAGAAUUCUGUACACUGAGUGAAAAGGAAAACAAAUGACCUCUGAAGGUAAAAUUGCUGUUUAGUGACCAGGCACAAGCUGAAUCAUUUUGCUGCUUGUUUUGACGUUGGCAUUGGGGUUUUAUGUUUUCCUGUGUUCUGUCUCGAUCAGUGUGAGCCGCCCAGUUGCUCAUUCUUCCUCGUGCCAAAGCCGCCAGUGAAACAUUCAUGUUGCACUAUAUUGAUUAGAAAAUAUUUUAGUUUAACUGUGCACCUAUUAAGCGAUGACUGAUUAAACUGGGUGCCUGCUGCUCAAAUGCCAGUGUCUAAACAUGCCUGCAGUCAGGUGGGGAUUGCAAUUUGCACACAGCCCAGGGGCGGUUCCUCUUACCCAUUUUGCUCUGCAGAGUGCUGGAAAGAACAGAGCAGUCAGAUGUCUUGUGGUUUUGUUAAAGGCUAUUGUCCAGUGCUAACCUAUUUCAGUUCAGUCUUCUUGAUUGUCCACGACCUCUGUACCUUUUGACUUUUCUCAUCUCAGCCUACCAGUAUUGAAAGGAAAUGAGGCCGAACUUUGGAGAAGGAAGCUAAAAGGAGGCUGAGGGUUUGUGAACUUGGGGACACUCAGGAAAAUUAAUCUGAAUUAAUUUUUAAAGUGGAUUAGAUAAACUGCAUUAAAUCCUUUUGUGGAUGCUCUUAUUCAGAAGUAAAGUGGCCUUAAUUCAGAUCAGUUUACUUCACUUUGGAAAUUAAGUUUGAAUUCAGCUUAGGACACUUGAAUUCUAAAUGAUUGUCCACACCGGGCUUAAUGCAGUUUAACUAAUCCAAUGUGAAUUCACACCCUUAGUUAAUUCAGAUUAAUUUUGCUGAAUGUCCCCAUGUACACAAACCAUAUGGGGAGUUGCAGGCCUAGCUCCCACUGAAAGGGAAUUGGGAGUUGGGCACCCACUUCCAUUAAGCUCCUUUGAGAAUCCCAGCCUACAGGCCAAGCUUCUCAAGGCUCAUUGAUGAUUUUGGUUGCUCAUCUUGAGAUGACUUCAAGGGGCCUGAUUUCCCAAAACUGCGGAGUAUCUGCUCUCUGUGCUGGGGGGAAAAAAAGUCUUUAAGAUGUCGCAAAUUAGGCACCCAAAAAUCACUAGUCACUUUUGAAAAUGUAGACCAAAGGACCUGAUUCAACCUUCGGUAGCAUCCGAGGGCAGAAUUUGGGUCCAGAAGACCCAACAAAAAAUGGAUAAAGAGAAGAAAAUUCAAGAUAAAAACGUAAGAAUGGCCAGACUGGGUCAGACCAAAGGUCCAUCUUGCCCAGUAUCCUGUCUUCUGACAGUGGCCAGUGCCAGGUGCCCCAGAGGGAAUCAUCAAGUGAUCCAUCCCCUCUCACCCAUUCCCAGCUUUUGGUAAAUAGAGGCUAGGGACACCAUCCCUGCCCAUCCUGGCUAGUAUCCAUUGAUGGACCGAUCCUCCAUGAACUUAUCUAGUUCUUUCUUGAACCCUGUUAUAGUCUUGGCCUUCACAACAUCCCCUGGCAAAGAGUUCCACAGUUUGACUCUGCGUUGUGAGAAAAAAUACUUCCCUUUAUUUGUUUUAAACCUGCUGCCUAUUAAUUUUGUUUGGUGACCCCCUAGUUCUUGUGUUAUGAGAAGGAGUAAAUAACACUCCCUUAUUUACUUUCUUCACACCAGCCAUGAUUUUAUAGACCUCUAUCAUACCCCCCCUUAGUCAUCUCUUCUCCAAGCUGAAAAGUCCCAAUCUUAUUAAUCUCUCCUCAUAUGGAAAGAUGGUUCAUUUAUGCCUCAGACAUUUCUUAAGCCUUAACUAAAUCUGUUGUUUAAAAUUUCUGUUAAAAAAACCUCGUUCUGUUGUGAGGGUCUGUGGACAGUGAACCCCUAUAAAGAAGCAUGCACCCCAUAUCACUGGAGCCUUAUUCGUUCUCUCAUGUAGCAUGUAUAGCUAUCUUUGCCUGUUACCAAACCACGUAAUAGAUACUGUACAGUCUCUGCCCGUAACCAGGGAAUGGCUCCCCCUCCUCACUCUCCGCAAAAAUGAAUCAUUCCUCAGAAAAUCAAUCUCUCUCUCUCUUGUGUUUACUGAUGUAAGAAACUUGUUACAAAAGAUUCUUCUUGUUUGUAAUUAAUUAUUCAGCCAAUUGCCACGAUAUAUAUCUGUGAAUAAGAAGGGGAAAUGUUUUUUAUGAUGGCGAGAAAAUUGUAUAUAUAUUUUAGUUCAUCGCAAAACAUUCAAAAUUGUAACGGGAUAUGUUGGAAAAUAAUAUGUAAACUCCUUGAUUUUUUUUUUUUUCCUUUGCACUGCACUAAUUGAGAUAGAGGGGGCGGGUGGAGGGAAUGUCAGAUAAAAAGUUUGUUUAUGGAAUAGUUUCUAGCUCGGAAUUUGGAAAUCAUUUGGAGUAGCUUGUUAUGCUGGAAUAGAAGCUUUAGCUGCAACUUAGAAACCCUUCUUGCAUGAGGUUUUCCGGAUCUUUUUCAGUUACAGUACAUCAAAGUAAAUCCCACAACAAAAACGUGUAAUUUUACUGAUAGAUUUCCCCCCCCAAACCAUGAUUUUUACUGCAAAUAAACCUACAUUCUUUUCUGCAUAAGA